AUGGGAAGCUCUCGCGGUAGGGGAAGACCGCCGAAAAAGGUGACUCAAUCGACGGGAUCGAAGCAUGGAGGUGACGCAUUUACGCCGGCAACAACCACGCCAGUGAGUACAGCUACACUGGAGGAGAAUGUGACGGCGAUUGCAGAGGCGAUUCUUGAUAAGAAAGUGACGGGAAGUGAUGGAAAGGGAACGAGCGAAGCAGUUUCUAAGGUGGAAGAACCUGUGAAGGCGAAGGUUAUCGGUGAAUCCAGCAAGCUUUGGGUUGAUGUUAUCAGUGGUAAUCGGCAAACAACAAAUGGGAAACAACUUCAGUAUGUAGCCCCAAAGAUUAACGACGGUAUCAUUGAAGUUGAAAUUGAAGAAAAAGAUGUGGAAUCAGAAAUUAGGUUUUGGGAGAACUCGCUCAUCAUGUAUGUGAUUGGAACCAAUGUGAGCAUGAAUGCGAUGAAGAACUACAUGAGUCGGGUAUGGAAUUUUGUUGCGCUUCCUGAUAUGUACUACAAUGAUGAAGGUUACUUCAUUCUCAAAUUUAAGAAUGGGGAUGCAAGAGAUGAAGUUAUGAUGAAAGGACCAUACACCUUCCAGAACAAACCUAUGAUUCUAUUGGAAUGGAGGCCUGAUUUUACUAUGGCGAAGGAUAUGCUCAAAUCGAUUCCCAUUUGGAUCAAACUGCCCAAUCUCCCUUUGCCUAUGUGGGGAGCACCAAGUCUGGGGAAGAUUGGUAGUGCUGUGGGUAUACCCUUGUUUACAGAUGAGUGUACAGCAGAGAAACUUAGGGUGAGCUAUGCUAGGUUACUGGUGGAGGUGGAUGUCACACAGAAGUUAUGUGAAGAAAUUACUAUCAGAGACCAUGAAGGGAAGAUAAGGAAACAGCAGGUGGAAUAUGAAUGGCGACCGCAAUAUUGUGAGAGAUGCCAAAAAAUAGGCCAUGUGUGCUCUAAUGAGAAGAAACCUACUACAAAGAUAUGGCAACAAAAAACAAAAAAGAAUGAUGAGGUGAUAGAAAAAAAUAUACCUGUGAAUGUUGAAAAGGAAGAUGAAAUGGAGAAUGAAGACAAGGAGGAGCAGGACCAAGAAAAUCAGGGCAAAGGCACUUGGACAGAGGUCAAGAGGAAGAAAGAUGAUGAGAAGAAGCACAUAGGUGGAAUUGCAGGGACCAGAAAUAGAGAGAUUAGCUCCCGUCUCUCUAAACUGAGGCCCGAUAUUGCUAUUUUAGUAGAAACAAGAGUUAAGCAGGAUAAAGCAGUACACAUUAGGAAGAUGAUGGGAGGUAGUUGGAAUUACCUAGAUAACUACAAGAAGCAUGCUAAUGGCAGAGUGUGGAUUAUGUGGGACAAGUGUAAGGUGGACAUCAAAGGUAUCUGUGACUCGGAUCAGAUGAUACACUGUGGGGUUUUUGAUAUAACUAGUAAUUUCCAGCAUUGGCUUACAGCCAUCUAUGCAGAUAACAAGUUGGAGAGGAGGAGGAUUCUUUGGAAGGAUAUUGAAAAGAUACACAGCACUCAACAAGGUCCUUGGUGCCUUAUAGGGGAUUAUAACAAUGUUUUAACCACUGAUGACAGGAUUGGGGGCAAGGAGAUACAUGAAGGUGAGUAUAGUGAUUUGGCUACUAUGAUGACCAACUGUGGGCUGGCUGAACUGGAUAAAAUUGGAGACAGGUAUACUUGGUGCAAUAAACAUGUUAAUGGUACUAUAUAUUCUUGCAUUGACAGGGCUAUUGCCAAUAAUGACUGGUUCCAGCAGAGAUUAAAGUGGGAACUCCAUGUCUUGGAACCUAGUAUUUCUGACCAUGCUUUGCUAUGCCUCAGGAAUAAUGAGCAUACUCAAAGAACUAAGAGCAUGUUUAAGUUUCUUAAUAAGGUGACUGAAGUGCAUGAUUACAGGGAGCAAGUUGAGAGGAACUGGAAUAGAGGAGGCAGAGGUACCUCUCAAGGCAACCUGUGGGAUAAACUAAAGAGGCUGCAACCUACUAUCAAGAGGCUAAGUAAGCCUUUCAAAGGAAUCAGUAUGCAGAUUGAUAAAGCCAGGAAGGAUCUGGAGGAUACUCAAAAGCAUAUUGUGAAUGAUAGAGGAAAUAAAGAGCUGACUAAGGAAGAGAAGCAAAAAACUGAGAGUCUUCUGGAGCUGCUUGCUAUUGAUGAGCAAAUUAUGAGACAGAGGGCUAAGGUUAGUUGGAUAAGACUUGGAGAUGGGAACAAUGCUUACUUCCAUGCUACUUUAAAGAGUAAACAAAGCAAUAUGAGGAUUCAUAGCUUGCAUGCUGAGGAUGGGAGAGUUAUCACUGACCACAAUGAUAUAACUGAGGAAGUUAUCCAUUUCUAUAGGAAGUUGAUGGGUACUGCUCAUAAUAACCUGGAGGCUGUGGACAUUCAGGUCCUGAGAAAGGGUAAACAGCUUUCUAAUAGCUGCAGACUUGACCUGAUUAAAGAGAUUACUGAAGCUGAAAUUGUAGCAGCUCUAAAGAGUAUUGGUGAUCUCAAGGCACCAGGGGUUGAUGGCUAUAACUCUAAGUUCUUUAAGGCUUCUUGGGGCACUGUGAAAGGAGAUGUUACUCAGGUUGUUAGAGACUUCUUUGAGAGAGGGGAGAUGGAUAAUUAUAGCUAA